GGCAAAAACCAAACAAUUUCUCCUGUCAACGUUUGUAAAUUGUAUUCGUUUCUAUUGAUCUCCAUUUUUUAAAUUAAACUUAUGAAAACAAUCGCAUACACUUAAUGAAAACGAUAGAAAAUGCCAAAACCAACCUGUGUUCAGUGCAGUUCGAACGAUUCUUUACUUUGGCGCAGCGCUGAGAACGGACAAAUAUGUAACGAGUGUCACUUGGCAAACACAGCGAAUAAAGAAAUAAAUGCCGAUGUCGCGGCAAUAAAGACUGAAAAUGAAGAAAAAGAAGACACUGAAAGUAAACUUGAGAAGGCGGAAGGUGAAACAACACCCGCUAAGGCCACAGGAAAGGGGACAAGGAAAAGUACGCGGUCGACUAGAUACAAGGCAAAAACUCCUGCACCAGCACCCUCUAAAGCACCUGCUCCACGUGGCAGAGGAAGAAGGAGUAUCUUCAAGAGGCAGCCACUGAAAGCUCCUACUGCUACAGCAACUGUGGUUACAAGUGACUCUUUGUUUUUUAAGGGUUCAUACAUGCAAGUAGGAGAUAUAGUAUCCAUGUUGGAUGUUGACGGUGGGACUUACUACGCUCAGAUCCGAGGGUUCCUCACAGACCAGUAUUGUGAAAAGAGUGCUGUUGUAACCUGGCUGUUGCCUACGAAAGCCAGCCCACCUCCGGAGAAACAAUUUGACCCAGCUACUUAUAUUAUAGGUCCUGAAGAAGAUCUCCCUCGCAAGCUUGAAUACAUGGAGUUUGUGAUGCAUGCACCGUCAGACUAUUACAAAGCCAGUAAUAGCCCCUACCCACUCACAGAUAAUGAAGUUAAUAAUUACAAUGGGUACAUUUGGACAAGUCUUGAACCUAAAGAUAGAUCUUAGUUAAGUUAUACCUAUUACUUAGGCUUAUGUUUCUGUUUAAGUUACGUAAAAUAAUUAAAUAAAAUAUUACUGAUUUUCAAUAGUG